AUGGCUUUUGCUUUCUGUCUAGCCAAAUGCUUCGAUGUGAACAAGGGACCGGGUAGUGGUGUUCGAUGCCGACCUAAAAGUGUGUCGAAAGCAAGAGGGUCUAGUUUCAAGAAGGGCCAGAUGCGAGAGCGCGUUUUAGAGGGAUCCGUCAAGAAUGGAGGGAGGAAAAUAGCGGGACCACUUUGCGCGAGCAAUGGAGAUGAUCGGCAACGGGCACAGAUGCAAACCGAGCGUCAAUGCCUUCGUCGUGGCCCUUGGGGGCUCCGUCAACACAAGCUGGUCCUGCGAUUCGUCCUGGCAUCGCAGGCAAAAGUUCCGCGCCUCUGCAGCUGGCCUCAGGCGCGUGUUCGGAUUAUCUAUUAUUCCGUUACUGAGUCAGCCUUAUGCCUUUGGGAUCAGGCAUCCGAGAUAUCCUUGAAGCCUUCUUUUCAGUUGGCCCAAAAGUCAGGACGCCUUUGA